AUGGAUAGCCGGUUUACUACCUCUCGAGACGAUCUGUAUACCCUCCAAAUGGAGGUCAAACAGGUACAAUAUACCCAAAAUAACCACGCUGAGCGGCUUCUGAGGUUGGAGAAGCGAAAUGCAGAGGACUCAGCUCUAAAGUCAGUCUGGAAUUCUCCUUUCCCUGGGGUAUUAGGUGGCACGCCGCAUCAAGGUCCCGUUCAGAUACCCCCUAAUGAUGUGUUUGACGACUUGGACGAGCAGGGGGAGCAGUUGCUGGGCUCACUUCACCUCGGUCCUGCCGAAGAAGAACCUGUGCGUCGUGGUGCGGCUUCUCGAGCUAAUAGUGUCAGGUUCGAUGAGAGUGCCUUGCAUGGCCCCAGCUGGGGCGGUCAGAGUAACAGACAUUCGGGAGACUUUGGACCCAUACGACCAGGAAGCGGUUUGAUGAUGGAACGAUCACUAUCUCACAAGUCCGACGGCAGACAUAGCUCUGCUGGCCACUCUGUUCACUCCCAUCACUCAGUUGCGUCAGGUCGCGCAAGCAGCCUUGGUCUUGAUACAAACUACGCCGCCGGGGAUGAAUCCUCAUCCUCAUUUGAUGUUCCUGGCCCUCCUGUAUCACUAUACGUACUGGGUACGGUGCCAUCGAUUGUCCGCUGUUGGUUGACCACAAACUUUGCCCACGGGACGCUUCUGUACGCGGACAUUUGCACCGGCUCUCAGAAAUCCGUUGUCGAUUCUUCUCUUCUUAAGGAACUAGACCUCGUAGACGAAAUCGAACGAGACAUCAACGGGGUAUACCGAAUCAGGCUGAACGUCUAUCUGGCUGAGGCGGUGGUGACGCGACACGAGAAUCGCAACACCAGCUCCACUGGUGCUGUUCCUUCCAUGACAGCCACGUUUGAGGUGACGGGACUCGAACAAUCGGCGUUGACUGGCGAUGGAAAGGGGAUUCGCAUCUACAUUGGGAGCGAUGCACUAAGAGCGCACUCGGCUGAUGUCCUCUUCUCACAAAACACCAUGGUCCUGUAUGGCAAUGAGCAAGAACGGGUGCGUGUUCCGUUUGUACGACCUGAAGAUGAGAACCUGUUUCGAUAUAUUUGCACGACGAACAUGACACCUGGAAAGCCCAAGCUGAACGCAAACGCGACCCCGUUUGUAUUUGGAGAGGGCCAGUCUGGAAACAGCAUUCAUCCCAAGGUGGCAUCUCCAGCAGCGCAACGCGAGAAAGAAUGCGUGAAUCAACUAGAAUCCUCUGACGAAAUCGCUGCAGAGCCCAACCGAGGUGAGGCCAGGUCGAGAAUUCCUGACCAUGCCGCCGACGACGCUGAUGGCAAUGCCCGAGAUGCGAAUGGCUCGGAGGCCGGGACAUCAGAAGCAUCACGACAGGAACCAUCUAUAUCAGCCGGCAUAUGGGGAUCGUGGCGCCACGGCACAGGAACUGGGCCGGAUGGAACCCAACGUGAAGCUGGCAACUUGGGCGGGUAUCAACCAGCAGGUCGCAGCAGCCGCAACAUGAAGGUACUGAAGCCCUUGAAGUCGAAUUCCAACUCGGCUCGGACUGGCGCGUCAUACGAACCUGCUCUGCCUCCGAAAUCGUCAAACGAUGGGUGGCGUAAAAGCCAAGCGAGCUUGAACGGUGACGGCGUCAGCGUCGUGAAUCGCUGGGAUUUUAAACGUUCCAUCAGUUCUGGUGCAGACGUCAGGUCGCAAAACCCAAACCGGGAGAAUCAAAAGGGCGGAGCGGUCCCUCGAUCAGCGAACCCAGUCGGAGUUGCGUCCGCGUUCUCUUGGAUGACGCCGAUGACAAAGGCAUCUAAAACUCCUGCGCCGGAGGAUUAG